GACCGCCAAUCGCAGUGCUCUUUUGCUGGCAUAUUUAGCAAGUGUAGCUUUAUCUCAAACGAGCGACGCAGACUAGCACUACAGCCUCGCACAAUCAAAAUUAUUAAAGCACCGCAAGCACUUAGGAAGUCUUGAAGGGAAGAAGCAGGAGGGCGCAAAAAAAAAAAAAACAAGAGCCAAAAAAAAUCAAAAAAAAAAAAGAAAGACCCCGGCCACACCAGGACCUCCUGGUGAGAAGGGCGCGCGCCCCCUGACUUCUACAGAGCGGAACUCUUCUGUCCGCGGGCCUCGUCCCCGGACAGAGCAUUACACUUUUGCGAAAAGACGAAUAACUCCUCGUGAUCGAAGAUAUCGAUCGCGGGCAGCUGCCACAAUGCGGAGCGACACCGCGGUGGCCGGUGGGGAGAUACCCCGCCGAGACUGGAAAAAGAUACCAGCGUUGAGGAUGGGCACCAUAAACGCGCGAACACUCGGCAAGGACUCGCGACACGGAGACAGCAAAGAGCGCCGCGCACUGGUGGAGGACGCCCGAAGCAAGGGCCUGUUGGUGGUGAAGAGCGGUGGCUCGUCGGCGAGCAGAUUGCGGAAAGCGAGUAUCUCGCGUACGGGGGGGGAGCGGAGCGGAGCAAAUCAGGCGGGCUUAUUUAUGGCACUAUGAUCCUGAUCCACCGCUCCAUCCAUGUCGAGGGAGUAAGUGCGCGUGAGUGCAGCCGGCACGUGCGGGUGACGGUCUGCACGAAAUACAGCAAGAAGGUGCAUCUGCAUUCGGUGUACGCGCCCACCGAGGGCGCGGAGGCGGCGAAGAAGAUCAAUUUUUACCAAGCCCUCCAGCGCGACCUCGAGUCGCACUCAGCCUACGACGUUCAGGCUUUCGCUGGUGAUUGGAACUGCGAGAUUGGUGGCCCGCAGUGUGAGCUCGCCGAUGCCGGCUUGCCAUACACGAUCGGGAAGGCGGGGCUCAGCGCGGACUGGGCCCUGGGCAGUGACAAUAACAGAAGGCACCUGGAGUUCGCGGCCAGAAGCGAACUCCUUGACCUCUCCACGAUAAACCGCAAACCCUGGCGCAGGCGGUGGACUUUCCGGGGCAGCUUUCCACAGGGGAGGAAGCUCCGGGAGUACGACCGCGCCCUGGCCAAGUUCCGGGAUCGGGGCUUAUUUAGCGACCAGAACGUCGAAGCGCGGACACUUACACUCUCGGACCACAGGAUGGCCACCUUCUCCUUCCAGCCCGGCCUGAUGCGAAAGCAAAGAACGAAAAAAGAGCCGUGGAGACAGCUGGAACGGACGAAGGAGUUUGCAAGUGUGGUGGACGAGAAAAUGGCUGCUACGCUCACAGAAGAGAAACUGGAAGCAAUGGAAGGGGACACGAUGACAGCCGAGCAAGUGUGGACGGAGUUCGAAAGGAUCCUCCGCGGCACUCUCGACCGCGAGUGGCCGGCAGAAAAGAGGGGCCCGAAGAAACCAUGGAUCACAGACCGGACAUGGAAGCUAAUCCAGGAUCGUAGCAGGGUGCAGGCCGAUGGAAAGAUGACGAAAGCAGAGCAGAAGCGCAUGGCGAAGGCGAUUAAACAGGCGGUGCGGGCGGACAAACAAGAAUGGGUGAAGGGGAAGAUAGAGGACCUGCAGAAGGCGGAACACCGGGGAGACGCGCGUGCUACAUCCGAGGUAGUGCGGCAGCUUGCCGGAAAAGCCAGGAAAGGGCAGCCGACCAGCCUACCAGGCGGGAAUGCGAAGCGUGUGGAGUUUUGGCGUGGCAUCCUCGGACAACCACGACCGGAGCCUGCGGCAGAGCUACAACAAACAGACGCCUGGCGGGAGUGCAUGGAGGAGCUGAACAGGAACGCCGCGCGGCCGGAGUGGGCCCAAGCUUUCGAGGGGGAAAUCUCGGAUGACGAAAUCAGCGCAGGUAUCAACGAGUUAAAGUCGCGCAAAUCUUAUGCCGGAAGUAUGCCGGCCGAGUUCUUCGCCAACAGUGAGCUGGGCCGGCGGGUCCUUCGCACUGUGGUGAAGAAAAUAUUUGCUGGCGAAAAAAUCCCCCCAAGCUGGCUCGAGGCGGCAGUAGCACUCCUGUACAAAUCCGGGCCCAAAAACGCGCCAAAGAAUUAUCGCCCCGUCGCCCUCUUAACAGUCGGCGAAAAAGUCCUCAGCCUCCUGAUCUUGAACCGCAUCAAGGAAACAGCCUACGCAGCUGUAGACGAGCGGCAAAAGGGGUCGGUGGCCGGGCUAUCCUGCCGCAACGGCGUGUUCAUUCUGCUGCGCAGAUUGGAGCAGGCGAUACGAGACGACGAGGACAUGGUCCUCAUCUUCGUCGACUUCUGCAAAGCGUAUGACUCACUCGCGUGGGACAAGAUGCGGCAAAUUCUUCUUCUGCAGGGCAUGCCGCCAGGGCUUGCCAGGAUAGUGGAAGAAAUUUACGACGGGUCAAGCAUCCGCCUAAAGACGGGCGCGCAGGGGCUGUCGGACAAAAUCGACCAGAAGUGCGGAAUCAGGCAGGGGUCGAGCCUGAGCCCGCUCCUCUUCAUCCUGGUACUAGACUGGGCGAUGCGCGUCACAACCAAAGUGCUCACACGCAAGGGCAUUUGGGGAAAGUCGGCCGAGCAGGUUGAGCGAUCAAUCUUGUCCUGGUUGGGGUACGUCGAUGAUCUGGUCCUCCGCGCAGACAGCAAGGAGGACGCGGCCACCGCCCUGAAAGAGCUCACGGCCGCGUGCGCGUUCGUGGGCUUGACGCUGAACGCGGAAAAAACGGAGGCCAUGACCUUCAACCUAGAGCCACCCGAAAGAAAAGACGACGAGGCGAAAGAAGAACGAUGCUACUACGACGACGCAAGCGGCGCGCGGUGGUCCGGUUGGCUCGUCGAAUGGAAUGGCACCGGCCUGCGGCCGGAACUACGGGAAGGCGCACGCAAGGCGCCGAAGAUGGACCUGGGAAUUAGGCCCACACACCUGAUUGCCUGGGACAACGGCACCUUCAGCCGGUGCAUCUACAAAAAAAACGGCUGGGUCACCGUGCGGUGGCGAUGGCACGAGGCCCCCGUGCGGCUCAACCGCAUGGGGCGGGUCAGACACAUAAAUCCGGAACGAAAUAAGUUUGUGUGUAGUCGCUGUGGGGACAUCCUUGGCGACAGGAAGGCCCUCCUGUACCAUCAGGCGACAGGCUUCUGCAGGCCAGUAAAGACGGAGGAAGAAGAGCGGCAGCUGCGGGUAGGAAGACAGAUACUCGAGAAAAAGAAAGCAGAGCGCGGGCGCGAAGUGGUUCCCGCAGACCUGCGAAACUUCGACGGCAGCGAAAUAAAGACCGUCGGGGUCUUUAAAUACCUAGGAACACAGGUCGAAGGAAACGCAGGAACCAGCAAGGAAGUGGCCCGGCGAACGGGCAUAGCGCGGGCAACGGUGCAGGCCCUAAACUGCAUCUGGAGAGACCCGGACAUUUCCAAAAACCUGAAGGCCGCACUAUAUCGGAGCUUGGUCAACUCCGUCGCCUUGUACAACGCAGAAACAUGGCGGCCCCGCGAAAACGACCUGAAAGCCCUCAGAUGGUUCCAGCACAGCACGCUUCGGACGCUAGAAGGAGAAAAACGCGGCUGGCAAAUGGCCCAAGAAAACGACGCAGACGAAGGGGAGGCAGAAUACGCCGGAAGGCUGGAACUCUGCCAGCGGGUAGGGGUUCCACCGGUGGAGACGAUCCUCAGGGAGAGGCGCGUGGCGUGGAUGGCGCAUGCAUUGCGCAACAAGAAAGAGGCAUGUCACUAUCUUGCAAGAGAGGAAGUGCGCAAAGGCACGCCGUGGGGCAGGCUAAUCCGCGACGACUUUGACGAGGUCGGGCUACCAAUCGACCAGUUCCUAGACCUCGAAGCCCCCCCAGCCGCUCGGGCCAUCAAGGCUCACCUAGUAGCCAAGCGGCCAACAAAACCACUGCCAAAGCAAAGGAGGGGCGACAGGCGGGGAAAGACCGAAAAAUGCCGAGAGAAAACUAACAAGCAGAGAGAAAACAUCCAGCAACAAAAAGCGGAGGCGGAACUGAGGCAGGCGAAUUUCAUCGCCAGCAUAAGCGGCAGGCGCUGGGAAAGAUUUCCCAGCGCCGCUGGCAACUACUGGCAGACGAAGGAAGAAGCAGUGAAUUCCCCCCCGGUGCAGUUCGAAAUCGAGUCCGAAGAUUUUUGCGAAGGAUCGGGCCGAGAGGAAUAUAGAGUGUGCGGCGUAUGGUUCCAAAAGAUGAGUAAUGGGACAUACGUCGCACGAAGAUGAGGCAACAGUGCGAAAACGCUUGAGAGAUACACUUGUAAGCACAUCCAAAAAGACGAAAGAGAAGAUGAUGAUCUCUACUAAACGGAUAAGCUUGUUGUGAAUGAGUGAAUGAGUUGCUUAUUCAGCCGCAGUCUGCAAAGAAGUGCAAGAACUACUUCUACUGGUGCGGACCAUAAGUAGCACCACCUGGAGGUUAUGUGAGUAAUAGAACUGCUGAACUUUUGUUGAGAAUUGUGAAUUAAAUCUCAGUCCAAAGCAGGUCUGCGAUAUCAAAAAGAUAGCGAGGAGAAGUAGUGCUAGCGCUACACACGCUGAAUGAAACAGCAGUAGUACCUAUCACUGCGGGCGAUAGCUGAGAUGGGGAAAUGUUGUUCGAGAUUAAUCGGACGCGUUGGUACGGAUGC